AUGAAUUCAGUGAUCGCUCGCCCUUUCUUCGACGGGGCUAACAAGUCUACCCCCCAAAUUCAACUACCAGAACGACCCUCACUUCAUCCAUUCUCUGCAUCUCGUAAUGGUCAAGUCAAUCUUGAUACUUUCUCUCCUGUGAACGAGAAUGGAAGCUUCGCUUUCGACCGUGUACUUAAGACCGGAAAGGUGUACCGGCGUGUCAAACACAAGCAUGUAUUCAGAGCUUCGUGGAAAUCUGCCUACCUCGUGCUCCGUCCAAAUCUUCUCUCCGUCUACAAAGAUGAAGAUACUACACGCCUUCGAGUUUCCAUCAACCUCUCGGAUGUGACCGCCGUCGCCCCGGUCAGAUCGCAACGCUCUCACCGCCAACAUGUCUUUGGUGUAUUCACCCCUUCGAAGAACUACCGCUUCGAAGCCAUGUCGGAACGCGAUGCUGAGGAUUGGAUCAGUCGCAUCCACGCCGAGAGUCCUUCUGACGAGGAUGAGCCUGCCUUUUUAGCUGAGAAGAGAAGAGCCCCUGCCAUUCAAAAACAGCUCGUUGAAGACACCACCGACCACUCCGAUUUUGAUCUUGCCGGUCGCGCCAGCUCCCCCGAGCCUGGCCGCAGCCUUCCAUCCACAUCCCGCAGCCACACCACCCCUUACACCCAGGAUUACUCGGGAAACGACAUGACGUCGUAUUCGGAGCUCUCAGAUGGCCCCACUCCACGCAAAAACAGUCGAUUGCGCUCCAUGCCCUCCAUUCACGCAUUGUCUAUUUCCGCCCCAGAGGACAAACCCGCUUCCCCACCUCGAGACGCAGGUCGGCCUGACCUAACUAUUCUCCGCGAUCCGGAGCGGGUCAUCUGCCAAGGAUACCUGCAGGGGCUGCGCAUCAAAGGAACUGUUCGGCAAUGGAAGCGGCUGUGGGUCGUACUGCGGCCUAAGAGCUUGGCCUUUUACAAGGAUGACCAGGAGUACUCGGCUGUCAAAAUUAUCUCCAUGUCUCAGGUGAUCGAUGCCGCCGAGGUGGAUCCCAUGUCACGGUCUAAGACUCUCUGUUUGCAGAUCAUCGUCGUGGAGAAGACUUAUCGACUUUGCGCUCCAGAUGAAGAAAGCUUGGCCAGAUGGUUAGGCUCCUUGAAGAGUAUUAUUGUUGCUCGCAAGAAGCUUGAAAUUUCAUCUGUGACAGCGGCAGCGACAGCUACUUGA